AUUUUAAGGGAAAAUUCUCUCUACGUGGACUGGUUCUAAAUUCUAAGGCCGGUUCUACAUUGGUCGUAUCGUAGCAAAGCAAGGGUCGUAAAGUGGUUCCAAUUCGACGCCGAUUGAUCGAAUCUAACAGCGAAUUCGGUUGCUUGAACUAGUGUGCAUUGAGCGCACACCAAGGCUUAUAGUCGAUUCUUAUAUUUAACUUUGUCUUAAAUACAUGUUCAAAGAGCACUUAUUGUUAGUCAAAAAAUGAUCCAUACAAACGUUGUAUAGAUCAUUUUUCUGGAUAAGAAAUAUUGCAAGAGGUAUUUAAGAUGAUCUUUGAAUAUAAGAAUUGACGAGAAACAACUGGGUGCGUACUAGUGCAAGCAACCGAAUACGCCAUAUAAUUUUCGACGCUUGCGACGCUACAAUACGAUCAAUGUAGAAUCGGCUUUAGACGCAUGGACCCGUAAAAAUGUCCGAACGAGCCGCUUAAAAUUCAACGGGCGUGUUAGCGAAAGUUCACGUUUUCUCGCAAAGUCAUCGAUGCGUCAAACGCAAUCAAACGGCCGUCUUGAACAAAUAGGCAAACACGAAUCGGGCCGAACGGGUCGUUAAUCCAUGCCACAUAUUUGCGAGUAUUGCGGAAUGCUAACCUUUUUUCCCCGAGAACUUUUGACGCGCGGCGUUACUUCAAUUUCCAUGCUUUCGUGUACUCCCCUUUCACUCAGCAUCGGCAAACAGAGAUUUUACUUUCCAGUUUUCACAUAACCCGCGCAAAAGUAUACGAACUUAAAAAAGACAUGUCUUUAAAACCUGAAGAUGCCGUAUACUCCGGGAAUAAAUCUCAAAAUAUUUUAGAAUAAAAUGUUGUUGUUAUCUUUGAACUCUUUUGAAAGAGUCCUUUAGCAUUUAGUCCUUUGUCGGGCUCAAAGUGUAAGAUCAAAAUGUGAAAUUUCCGUUAGACGUAAAGCAUUUCCGUUUCCAAGUCUUCUAGAAAGUAACCGUGGCCUUUUGCGGGAUAUUGGACACGAACUACUUAAUAGAUUAUAGCCAAUUUAAUCGGCUUCUCGCAAACAAACGAAAAUCGGAAGCAGACGUCCGGGUGAUUAAGUUCUAAGAAAAUAUCGCGAGGCGCCAAGAGCUUGAAGAGCCAUGUUAAUUUCAAGUUACCCUAUGAUGUCCCACGAGUUUUACUCCCUUCGUGGCUGCAAUAACUGUUCCAUUCGUUUCAUCUUUCAGGGGUACGUUCUACAACCGCAAUGUCAUCACGAGUACUUUCCGCUUUCAUGUCCACGGCGGGAAAGUUUUUUGUUUCCCCCUUCUAACGCACAAGGCUCUCUUGGUGUUCCGUAUUUUUCGGAGAAAAGGUGCUCUGCCCGCAUCGAGGAUACGUUGAUUUUGAAACCUCACUCGAAAGAUCGUCGAAAACGUGACUUCGAUGAUGCCCGAGUAUCUUCUUACGGAAAAGGGGGAGAGAGAGAGAGAGAGAGAGAGAGAGAGGAAAGGAACGAGCGAUCCACGAAACGUGCGUCGAGGUCUUUGUGGCGGGCAAGACCCGUCGCUCGCGUGGUUCGUCAGGUGGUAAAAGUAUUGACACGAUGUGUCCUCAUUAUGUAUAUAUAGGGGUGCCUGCCAGGAAGGCUCUGCAGUUCUUCGUGAAACGUCUGCAAGACAAUAUCAUAUAGUGGAUCCUGACGUUUCUUCCGCGGAGACGUUAGACGUAAUCUUGCAAUCAGUCGCGAAAGAGAGAGAGAGACGAGAUCGGAAAGAAAAAUACUUGAUUGCAGCUGAUCGUAUCAGCGUAGAAAAGAGAAAAAUGAUAGCGCUCGUGCUUCUUGCCGCUUUUGCAACGGUGUCCUCCGCCCAAUUCAACAAAGUACCCAGCAGUCGGGUUCUGGAACCGCCGAAUCCAGCACUUUGCGCGCAGAGAAUUAUCCAUCAACGAUUCAAUGGGAAAGGCUAUUACUUCUCAUGGGCCGACCAGAGGACGGCCGGACAGGAGGUGGAUUGGCUGUCGGGUAGAAACUUCUGCCGGCAACGUUGUAUGGACCUAGUUUCGUUGGAAACCUCCGCCGAGAACGAGUUCAUCAAGAGCCGCAUUGUUCAAAACAAGGUGAAGUACAUCUGGACCUCCGGUCGCAUGUGCGACUUCGCGGGCUGCGACCGGCCGGACCUGCAGCCCCCACGUAUCAAUGGCUGGUUCUGGACCGCCGAGUUGCAGAAGCUCGCGCCGACCACCGAACGCAGCCAGAAUGAUUGGUCCGAGAGCGGCGGCAUCGGCGUGCCGCAACCUGACAAUCGUGAGGCCAUUCAAGGCGGCGCUCCCGAAAACUGCAUUGCGGUCCUCAAUCAAUUUUACAACGACGGAGUGAACUGGCACGACGUGGCGUGUCAUCACAAGAAACCGUGGGUCUGCGAGGACAACGAGUCUCUCCUGAGAUACGUCCGCUUCUCCAAUCCCACUAUCCGUUUGUAAUGGGAGAAAAACUUCGAUGAACGGCUUCAACCUUUGUUCAAACGGGCUUAAGCACCUAUAAAGUUACAACGAAAACGCAUCUAUGCGGCAUCGCGAACGCGACUGAAUAGUAUAUAGAACAUAUUUAUUAUUUGUAAUAUUUAAUACCUCCAUAAUCUCGUUUGCCCAAGAAGCACGAAUUAUUUAAUCGAAAUUUCAUGCAUUUGUUGUCUUCAGGAAAUAUAUCGCUAUUUAUAUUGCUAGAUGUAAUCGUAGAUACAUCGAAAAUUAUAUUUAAUAGAUAGAGACUGCAGAUCAGGAUUUGCAGAUUAGUUUGUGAAAAGUUUUAUAUAUACAUAUAUAUUUUUUUUCCUACGAUAAAAUAUUAUACUCUAGUUAUUGUAUAUUCAGAGAGCGAUAAAUUCACGAAUGAUAAAUAACGUAACACUUUUGUUUAUUAUUCGAAAACAUCAUUUUACGCGUCAAUUUGCGAGACGCGAAUCAUUAAAUCACCUACGCGAGUCCUGAUUUUCUUGACGCAAAAAUGUAAGAUAAUACAAAACGCGUUUAUCGCUAUAAUAAAUAUCACAGAUGCUCUGUACAAAUCAUUACUUAAAUGACGCAACAUAUAUUUGCUCAAUCGAGGGUGUAACAAGUUUCACAAACAAACAAA